AUGUCCAUCCAUUUUGGAUGCACCAACGAAACCAGCUUCACCGCAGUCUACAUCUUCCGCACAGAUCCGCUUUCCGCUCAAGUAUUUCUAGCUACCGCCUUAGUCCAGGUACGCCCGCAUCAUGAUAAUCCAAUCACCGCAAGAGUGUUGAUUGAUCAAGGUUCAGAGCUCUCAUUUAUGAGACAGUCGCUCUUCAAGAAGCUUGGACAACCGCUACAGCGUGACAUGGUCAUGCUCAAGGGCAUUGGCAAUGUCUCCGCAGGAAGCUCACUAGGUGUGAGCACAAUUGAGCUUCGUUCGCUGUGUACGACCGCAUCAAUGCAUGUCAGCAUGCAUACUCUACCAACACUGACGGCAGAUCUUCCAUCGUUCGUGAUCGCUGAUCCGAAAUGGCCGCAUCUUGAGAAUCUCAAGCUCGCUGACCCGCAGUAUCUACAGCCACGCCCUGUAGAUAUUAUUCUAGGUGCAUCACCAGCCGCACAGAUCAUGAACGCAGAGAUUCAACGAGGACCUCGCAAUGCUCCUAUUGCACAAUCCACCACGCUUGGUUGGAUUGUCUAUGGGGCUGUCACCGCUAAACACGCUUCAACAUCACACGCAGCACUACAUGCGUCAGUAGAUACUGAAUUACAAGACGCUAUCGCUAAGUUUUGGGAACAGGAAGAAGUUCCAUCAGGAAAUUCACCGCUCAACACCGCUGAAGAAGACGAAUGUGAAAUUCACUUUCGUCAAACGCAUUAUCGACAGCCUGAUGGACGCUACGUAGUGAGAUUACCGCUUAAGGCCCUUGAGAGUCAACUUGGCGACUCUAUCAACGCAGCUAUGGGGUCACUCCGCAGAUUAAUAACUCGCUUGUCGCGAGAAAGAGAAUAUUCUGACAUGUAUCGUGCAUUCAUGGCAGAAUACAUUCAACUAGGACACAUGGUACGAGUACCAGUCAACGAAUUGCCCGCAAACGCUUACUUCUUGCCUCACCAUGGGGUAUUGAAGCUUGAUAGUACCACUACGAAGCUCCGCACAGUGUUCAAUGGUUCCUGUGCAACAUCUACAGGAAUUUCAUUGAACGACAUUCUCCACGCAGGACCCAAAACGCAAAUUGACAUUUUUGAUGUGAUGCUGAGAAUCCGUUGCAGCAGGAUUCUAUUCGCUACUGACAUCACCAAGAUGUUCAGACAGAUUGAGGUCGACUCGCUUGAUUGGCCGCUUCAGUGCAUUCUCUGGAUAGAUGAGAAUGACUUAAUAGACGCUUACUGUCUCAAGACAGUCACAUACGGAACCGCUAGUGCACCUUUUGACGCUGUACGUGUGCUUAUCCAACUAGUAAAGGAUGAAGGACACCGCUUUCCGCUAGCUGUUGCUCCAAUGUUGAAAACACGCUACGUAGAUGACAUCUACGGUGGAGCAGACAACGAAGAAGACGCUAUCAAGGCUGCAGUACAAACAAAAGCUCUGUGUGCAGCAAGCUGCUUCCCGCUUGCCAAAUGGGCUAGCAAUAGCCCACGGUUACUUGCUGAAGUCGCUCCAGAAAAGCAGCUGGAUACACCGCUUAAAGAAAUCAGUGAUGCACCAGUAAAAGUCCUGGGCAUGUACUGGAAUUCACGCACUGACGCUCUCCAGUUCAAGUACACGCUACCGCCAGAUACGCCUAAGACAAAGAGAGCUAUUUUGUCUGAAAUCGCUAAACUGUAUGAUCCGCUAGGACUUCUCGCACCAAUAGUCGUCAAAGCCAAGAUCUUUAUGCAAGAUCUGUGGCUAGAUAGAGUGUCAUGGGAUGAACAAUUGUCACCAUCACUCAUUCACAAAUGGACUGGAUACCGCGAGGAUCUUCGAAACAUCGAAUCCAUCCGCAUUCCACGCUGGAAUAAUAUAGCACCUGGAGCAACUAUGGAAUUGCACGGGUUCUCAGACGCUUCGCAAAACGCUAUGGCUGCCGCUGUUUAUUUGAGAGUCACUGACGCUGAUGGGAACACAAAGGUCUCACUUUUGUGUUCAAAAACGCAAGUAGCACCGCUGAAGACCAUGACAAUCCCACGCUUGGAAUUAUCUGCCGCAUGGUUGCUAACACAACUGAUACUUCAUGUUAAAGAAGUUCAGUCGCUUGAAAAUGUCAGGAUCAAUCUCUGGACUGACUCCGCUGUGACUCUCGCAUGGAUUAAAAGUCCAGCAAUCCGCUGGAAGACAUUCGUCCGCAAUAGAGUGGGAAAAAUCCAAGAAACGCUUCGAGAUGUCUCCUGGAAAUUUAUUCCAGGAAAACAAAACCCCGCUGACUGCGCUUCAAGAGAAUCCUCUUGGCCCACUCUGGAGCCUCCAACCGACAACGCAACGCAUCGAGAAGAACGCCAAGGUCUGACACUAGUAACUUGGAAAGCAGAAAAUUGUCUGCUCCAACAAUUACUGUCGCAUUACACGCAGCUGUUUCCACUGCUACGGAAGCUUAGCAUCUGGCAUCGUGCCAUCGACCGCUUUAAAAGAGUUCCACAAUCUUCGCUGGCCUACCCGCUUACUCCAUCAGACCUGGAGCGCGCUAAAUUGACCUUGAUUAAGUUCACUCAAGGACAAUACUUCGCUAGAGAGAUUCACACGCUACAAGAUGGUGAUGGACUGCCUAAAAAUAACAGCAUCACUAAGCUGACUCCGUUCAUCGACCAUCAGGGGGUCCUGAGAGUCGGUGGCCGCUUGAAAAACGCAUUGCUGGACCCAGAAGAGAGGCAUCCAGCGAUUCUACCGCGACAAUCACCGCUUACAUCAAUUUUGAUUGAUGACUCGCACCGCAAAACGCUUUACGGAGGUACUCAGCUUACGCUCGCUGACUUACGCAAGAGUGUCUGGAUCAUUGGAGGCCGUGUUCCAGUCAGAUCAUUUAUUUUACGCUGCGUUAUCUGCACGAGACACCGUGGAGAACGCGCUCAACAGUUGAUGGGUCAACUACCCGCCGCACGAGUACAGCCAACUCGAGCCUUCUUGCAUACAGGACUCGACUACGCUGGACCUAUCACGCUGAAAACGUUUCAAGGACGUGGAGCAAAAACAUACAAAGGCUGGAUUGCAGUCUUUGUAUGCAUGUUCAGUUCAGCUGUACACUUAGAGCUAGUAACUGACUACACCGCUGCCGCUUUCAUCGCCGCUUAUCGCCACUUCACCAGUCGCCGAGGUAUCUGCCACACGCUAUAUUCAGACUGUGGAACCAAUUUUGUAGGAGCAGAUAAAGAGCUGAAACGACUAUUCGCUGCAGGAUCCCGCACAUUACGAGAAUUAUCAACCUUGAUCGCUCAAGAUGGCACGAACUGGAAAUUCAAUCCGCCUGGAGCUCCACAUUUUGGAGGAAAAUGGGAAGCCGCUGUGAAAUCUAUCAAAUUUCACCUUCGAAGAACAAUCGGAGACUCGCUGUUGACGCUUGAGCAAUAUUCAACGCUACUGGCUCAAAUUGAAGCCAUAUUGAAUUCCAGACCGCUCACACCGUUGAAUGAAGAUCCUGCUGACCUAGCUGUACUGACUCCAGGUCACUUCUUAAUCGGACAGUCACUGACCGCUAUCCCAGAGCCAUCGCUGACAGAUUUACAACCUGCUCGGCUCUCGCACUGGGAACAAGUCCAGCAAAUGGUUCAACAUUUCUGGAAACGCUACUACCAGGACUGCAUCCACCGCUACCAGGCCAUUUCAAAGUGGCAUCAUCGACGCAACCAGAUCAAGGUGGGUUCAGUAGUACUGAUCACCACUGAGGAUCUCCCGCCAACCAAGUGGCCAUUAGCCAAAGUAAUUGCUGUCCAUCCAGGUGAAGAUGGACAAAUCCGCGUAGUAACUGUUAAGACAGUUAACACAGAGCUGGUACGUCCAAUUACAAAGCUCUGUGUCCUGCCACUAACGCAUGAAGAAGAUGAUCUUGUCGACGCAGCCGCCAACCCGGGGGAGAAUGUUCGGUGA